CACCAGCGCAGACGUCCUCUCCUCGGGUAGUCCCGCUCGGGGUGGGUUGCCGUCCCCUGCAGCUGUCCCCGUCCCCCCCGGUUUAUCCUGCAGCCUCUCGGCGUGCGGCGGAGCGGAGGAUGAGCGAGCAAGGGAAGGGCUCGGCAUCCGCCUCUGCCGCGGCCCCGGCUCCGGGCUCGGACACUUACAAAGGCUGGCUUUUUAAAUGGACCAACUAUUUGAAAGGGUACCAGCGGCGAUGGUUCGUCCUGAGCAAUGGCCUGCUUUCGUAUUACAGGACGCAGGCAGAGAUGGCCCACACAUGCCGUGGAACAAUCAACUUGGCCACGGCGCACAUCGACACAGAGGACGCCUGCAACAUUGUCCUGAGCAGCGGCGGCCGCACUUACCACCUGAAGGCCAGCACGGAAGUGGAGCGGCAGAGAUGGGUCACGGCGCUGGAGCUGGCUAAAGCUAAGGCCAUCCGCAUGAUGAACGAUCAGUCUGGGUCACGGUGGGGCUGGAGCCUAUCCCAGCUGACUUUGGGGCAAGAGGCGAGGUACACCCUGCAAGUCACCAGCUUAUCGCAGGGCCUGUUUCAAGUCGUUCGGAUAUAUUCCAACUAAUCUAUCUGUGGGAGGCGGAUUUAAGAGAAUGUGAGAAAAGGGACACUGUAUAAUUUUGCCACCAGGCUCUUUCAGAGUCGGUGGUGUCAGAGAAACAUGGAUCAGUGACAGGGUGCCUACAUUCAUCAGCCUGCCCUCCCCUCUCUGUCAGAGGAACAAAGAGCUCCUAUCGAUCACCUCAGGAGAGCACAGUGCAAACACCGGCCACAUCAUCUGUGUAGAUACAGACUAAAGUUAUAAC